GCCCAGCUCAGAAAGCAGUGGGUUUUGGAAAAGGGUGCCUCUCCCAGUACCACUGUAGAGGGCUUUCAGCACAAACAAAUUAUUUUGUCAAACAAAGUGUGACUAUGAUUGCUUCUCUGCAAGACUAUAAAAACUUGUAAAACUUUACUCUGUAGUGAACGGCAGCAUCGAAUUGCACCGGGACAUUACAGUAUGUGACUGCGUUUGUGACCUGCUGGGCUUAAAAAGAUGACCCCUCAACAAAGCAUUGGCUCCAACUCCAAAGUAAACUGCAAUGAGUCAAGGAUUCAAGAGAAGGAGAAGAAAAUGAGGACAACGCUUCAGCGAAGACACUCUGGCCAAUCAGCCAUCACAAAGGCAUUCAGCAAACCAAAGGGCUACAGCAGGGAUGGCGUUCCAGUCCCAUCACCAAGAGCAGCGCUGAUCCAGAGCCUAACGUCCCAGAGUGCAGAGUUUGUGAUGGAGGAGCACGUGCAACUCAGCACUGGACUGCAGACCCAGGAGAGACACUUGUUCCUCUUCAGUGACACACUCGUCAUCGCUAAAUCAAAGUCUUCCACAAGCCGCAAACGGAAGGAGAGAGUGAGGCUGUGUGAGAUGUGGUUGGCUUCCUGCAUGGAAGAGGUUGCAGAGAGAAAACUGUGCUCAAAGAACUCCUUUGUCAUUGGCUGGCCUACCAUCAAUUACGUGGUAACUCUCAGUUCAUCGGAGGCAAAGGAGAAGUUGCUUUCCACUUUACAAUGGCACAUCACCAAAUCCAAGGAAGUGGAAUAUCUCAGUAAUCUCACCAUGAAGGUUGUUCUCAUGGACAUUGGAAAUACUGCAAUGACGACUGUGAAUGUGGACAAUAAAUACGACGUUGACAAAGUCAUCAGGAUCCUCACCCAACAAUUUAGACUCACUGGCAGACCCACUGACUACCGCCUCUGGGUAGUCUCAGGGAGAGAGGAAGCCCCAUAUCCUCUUAUCGGUCAUGAGCAUCCCUUCAGUAUUAUCCUGAACUCCUUGAGGGAAACGGACCGCCAAGCGUCGGCAGUCACCAACAACAUUCUGACUGUAGAUGGGAGCCUCUACCUUGAUCAACUUCUCAAAGACACUUCCGGCCCUCGCUUCAUCCUCAGGCUAAAGGCUGAAGGGGGAGGACAUGGCCGAGCAGAUUACUCUCAGAAACACAUCAAGAGAAAGAAGUCUCUGAUAGACUGGGCUCUGAGAAGAGGACAUGGCAGCCAAGGAGGUAGAUAUCCUGAAUCCCCCACCACUCCUCACAAGCUCUUUGGUCUUUCAUUGUCCUCCAUCUGUCAUCAUGGAAACCUACCCAGACCCAUCAUGGACAUGCUGUAUCUGCUGUACCAUGAGGGCCCUACCACUACAGGGAUCUUCCGGCGCUCGGCCAAUGCUAAGACAUGCCGGGAGCUGAAGGAGAGACUGAACUCGGGCAACAGUGUUCAGCUGGAGGGGGAGUCUGUGUUUGUUGCUGCAUCAGUCAUCACUGACUUUCUGCGCAACAUCCCUGGCAGUGUGCUCAGUACUGGUCUGUAUGAGAAGUGGAUGGAGGUCAUGGCGGCUGAUGAUAUUGAGGACAAGAUUGAGUUGAUAAAAAGGCUAUUGAGCCAGCUUCCAGAGGAUAAUGUUACCUUGCUCCGCUACCUGUUCGCCCUUCUCUACCACAUCCAGGAGCACUCGCAGGAGAACCAGAUGAACGCUUUAAACUUGGCCCUCUGUAUCGCUCCUAACAUGCUGUGGCUGCCUGUGCCCACUGGGCCAGAGGAGGAGAGUCAGUCCACUAAAAAGGUUGCAGCUCUCAUCCAACUCCUCAUUGAAAACACCCCAGCCAUUUUUGGUAAAGAUGUUGAGUGCAUUUUUACUGAGCCAAAUAGUGAACAAGGAACUGUAGAGGAUGUCAUGGUGGAGUCUUACCAGCAGCUCUACUUGUCUGAUGAUUGGGACUGGGAGAAGCAAGGAGGACUUCACUCUCCUAAUAGGGAACCUUUCUUCCUGCCUCUAGGGAAACUGGUCUUGAAAGAGGAGAAAGAGAUUUUGGGCCUUCUGAAUGAGGUUGACUCCUUGAAAAAGCAACAUGUGACAGAGGACAGUGCUUAUAGCUGUGGGAAUCUAGACUUAAUGUCUUCCCUCUCCAGUGGGUCUAUCUGCUCCCUGAUGGUGACCCAGAGUCUUCGCUCAGCCCGCUGCUCCUCAGAACCCAGUGUGUGUCUGGCUUCUCCCCAGUCAGGGCCCCAAAGCCAGCUCCACACUCCUGUUGCCCGCCAGUCCAGCUGCGAUGCGGCAGUGAUGUGUGGCUGUGCAGACCAGUCCCAACACACACACAAACCCCACGCUAAGGGGCUACUAAAGGGGGACAACAGCCCCAGAGUAGGUGGCAGCAGAUCUAGGUAUGCCUUCUGGAGGUCCCCUCAGGUAGCCUCUAGGUUCUGGCACCCUGCCCAGAGGCUGGCCAUGUCCAACAGGUCCAGUUUCUCCAGCCUGUCCUCCACAGCCACCUCCCCGUCUGCCUCCUCUCUGAGUUCCAUAGACAGCGCCUUCUCCUUCUGCUCUGACUCUGUGUCCUCUCUCAAUGAGCCCAACUCCCUACCCUUCCUGUUCGGCUCGUCGGCACGGUUACGCCCUCUCACCCCAGACACCCCGAAGAAAUUCCCAAAAGACUGGAGCAUGACAUUCCCAGCAGCAGUGGCUCAGGCACCCGAGGUUUUGGACUGGUAUAAUGAGUAUGAUGAGAGAGAGGAAGACAAGGAGCAUUACCGUUCUAUUAGCAUUCAGAAUAGAGAAGACCACCAGUUACGUACGCAAAGCCUCUGUAGUUUAAAAGGUGAGAAUAGUCAAAGCCCUGUCUCUCAACCAGAUGACAGUGCGAAGAUUAUCUCUGAUUGGAGUGGGGAGCAGGUGCACCAGAGCCAGAAGGAUAAAGUGUUCGAGACGUCAGAGUCAAAAGGGCAGACCAAAGAAAUAUCCAUUACACACAUACAGCUGAGAAAAACAAACAACCAGGCUGUCAACAAAGAAGAGAUGAAGAGGACAAAAAUUACAUUUUACACCUCCUCUAAUAGAAUGCUGGUGAAGAAACAGUCUGAUCAACCUGUGGAAGAAUGUGGAGUCUCUCUGGUGUCUGACACAGGGAGAGAACAUCAGGAAAAUGCGGAACUGCUGGCCCAAAGUGUGCAGGUCCACAUACCCCAGACAGUGUUCUAUGGUCAAAACAGUCCACUGGUCCUUCAGUCUGUGUCAAUCAGACAAUCUGCCAACAACAAGGAGAAAGGAGCAAAGGCCAAAACAGAUAUUGACCAUGGCGAGGUGGUCCCUGAACAGUUGGGUGGUGGGUGCACCCCUCUCUCCCAGACAUCAUCUAAAACCAAUGCCAAAACUGCAAGCACAAUCAGCCACAAUACUGCAACCACAAUCAGCCACACUAUAAGAAUAAAACUGCCAGCAACUGUCAGAAACACUGUGAGAGAAUACUUCAGCUCAAGUGACAGCAAGAAUGGCAACUCGGAUGCAAAAGCGAUCGAAAAAAAAAGUUGUAAGUAAACUCCAGUAGCAAAUUAAAAUGGCUGGACCAAC